AUCGAGGCCGGUGGUAGUGAGGGGUUGUGUUUUGUGACCUCAGCUGAUCUUGAACAGAGCCAAGGCUCCUCAGCUGUUGUGACCUCCAAGCUGGAGAGAGUGUGAGCUGGUUGUGGAGAUGGGGCCACGGCUGUACCUCGGUCCAUUGCCAAUCGCCAGGUCCCCCGUCCAGUAGAUGAUGCUGAAGUGGCAGCCGGGGAUCUGGCUCUGCAGGAAUUGCUGCCGCCACAGGCCGGCCGUACACCAGCCUCUGGCUCCAUCUCAGAAGCGAGGCAAGCUGUCCCUGGAUGGAACCCACUGCCACAAGCAGUGAUGCCGCACGCUCAGAUGCGACUGUUAUCUGCAGCGUCAUGCCGCCGCCAUCGGCCUUGCCCACCACCACAUUGCACGCCCGGGAUACUACUCCAUCCAGCGGCUCCCGCCAUCACGCAGUUAUGCGCCGUAACCCCAGGGCGGUGGCGACGGUUCCGGUGGGCCAGGAAAGGACGUCCGUGCAAAAGGCCAGUACAGGGGACAAUAACAACCCUACAACUGAGCUCCCGGGCGGAUCCAUCUCACGUGCGAGCUCCCUAAGCACUACUCGUGCCUGCGCCUCUGAUACUCGAAUGACUACAAGAUUCCCGAAAAGCACCCAGAUAUAAGGCAUUGGCCCUGGAUCAGUUGCUAAAGCUUGCAAAAGUAGCUGGUCUUCUGCAUAUAUAUGUCAAGAGCUCAAGUUUUUGAAGUUACUAGACUUGCUGAUGCGUUGUUGUUACUAUGUUGUAGUCUUAUGGGGGACAGAAGCAAUUGAGAUGAAUAUUAGCUUCUCAGUCACUUCACCCUCUUC